AAUGAAUUGAAAGACUUUGGCUGUCAGGCAGAUCCAAGUUAGUUGAGGGCAAAUCCCUAACAGAAAAAAUGACAGAGCAAUGGAGAUUGAGAUUGUCAAAGAUCGUGGUGCGGAGAUUGAAGAGUGGUGAGGAUGAUCGGUUUGCGAAAGCCAAUGUCUCACUGGUAGAAGAAAGAUUCAAAAGCAAUCUCUACUGUAAUAGCGUCAAUUCGGGAGCUCUGUUUUUUCGAUCCAAAGACGGUGAGCCAUUCAAGGUUAAGUUGGAGCUAUCUUCAUGGCUUAUGCAUUCGCUAACUCCAAGGUGGUACUGGUAUAGUGAUGAAGGCUUUCUGAACCUAAUAUCUCUAAGGUAUGCUAAUUCCUGCUUGGUCCUGAUUUUGUUUGCUGAAAUUUUGUAUCAUCUUGAAGAGCUGGAAUUGGUUGAGGAGAGCUUCUGAAAUAUACAACAGCUAUCCUCUACAUGGGAAAGAAAUGGAAGGAAAGGAGAGUCUAAUGAGCCUAGAUUUGAUUUGGAAUAUUAUUCUAAAGAAGCAGGAUGAUUUGAGAUGGGUUCCACCUGGAGAAUAUGAUUGUCUUCUGAAGUCUCUGGUUUUAUCUUUUGUUAUAAAUAGAGUGUUGUGGUUAGAUGUUGGUGCUCUUAGGCUGAAUGAUGUAUGGACUAGUUCCUGUAUGCUGCUUGUCCUGGAGGUCCAUUUUGAAUUCCAGUGCAUUCCUCCCUCUCUUGUUUCAAGGGAGUGGAUUAAAGCUGUGAUUGAAGAUACAGCAUUGGCGUCAAAGAAGUUGGGCUCAUUUGUUGGGCAAGUGUCAAGACUACCACCUUUUAUAGCCGUUUUCUUGUUCAUUGAAGCAUUGGAAGUUGGCUUGCAUUAUUCAGCUGCAGAGUGUUCCAUUUUACUUUCAUUUAGAAUUCUUAUUUUGUGUUUUGUUGUUGACACUUUUUGGCCUUAGAGCCAGUUUUUUUUUU